AUGGCCAGAAAACGCAAUGGCGGUUCGCACCAAAAUACUGACGGCACCCACAACAUUCACCCCAAGACUGCGACCAGUGCCCAUAUUCAAAACAAGGCGAGAGAAGGACUUCAAGCCCAAAACCAAGGAAUGCAGAAAGAACGUGGCCGCAAUUGUGCACGUCUACACGGUGGCAGACGUGGACAUGGCGACCGGCGGGGCAUGUCGCCAGGGCGAGACAUUCAGCGCGAACAACAAUCCAAGCACCGAGACAACAGGCGCACGCGCACCCCACCCCCAGCCGGAGAGAUCCGCGAUAGAUCAAUCGACGUUCAAAAACACCGCGGAAGUGCAGCUACAGACUCUAUUGGGCAGGUUUCCCGGAAGCGCAAACAAGAGGCAACUGAAGAUGAUGGGCUGCAUGCAAAGAAGAAAGCGCAUAGCGGACCUGGAGAAACGCAACCGACUAUAGUCGCGUACGGACAAGAACAUGUGCACGCACCAGCGGUGGAGAAGAACGUCGAUGCAGACAAGAAGGUCCCUAGUCUACUUGACAUCAAGAAGAUGACCGAGGAAGACAGGAAGAAGCUCCGUGAUACUAAGUUCAAACAGCAACCUGUUGUUCCUAGCAGAGCUGUUGUAUUGGAGACAGUCUCUCACGAGCCAAAGAGCCCUGGGACGAGAAGCAGUGUCAAAGACAAUUGCAAGAUCACAGCACCCGAUGCGGAGCCAGAGGCAAAGGCGCUUACUCCACGGAUCCCAAGUCAAGACACCAAAGCUAGCUUGCUAAAGCAGUUCUAUGCUAGCACCAAGGACGCGACCACGGUGCCGCCCGAUGCAUCCGUCACCAACGGCGCCGCCUUAACCCCCAAGUCACGGCAACUGAGCGCGGGGAAGGACAUCCACAAGACGGAAGACGCGAAGACCAGUGAAUGCAAGGCAGGUAGUACAAAGUCAAAGCUUAGUCCUACUUUAAGCCAAACAGUCACGCCGCCGGCUAAGCGCAGUAAGCGGAAGCUCGAGGGUUUAGAGAAGCCUGAGGUAGCUUCACACAAAAGGGCUAAAGCGAGCUACGAGGCCAUAAAGAGGCGGAAUACCAAGAUGAAGAAGUCUCUGGAUGAUCACCACUUGCAUGCCAAUCAGGAUCGCUUCCCAGAGGAAGGAGUUACCUUUUUCGACUAUGACGUUUACAGCAUACCCCUCCUAUGCUCUCAUUUGCUUGAACAUCAGUACCCAUUCGAGGUUAUGAAUGAGCCCUCAAACAGGCUGAAACGAUCUUUCACUAAUGAAAACGAGGUUCAUGUCUUUGGUCGUAAGAUGCUUGUUCUGCGGCAGGAAGCGCUUCGCCUAUCCAGGAAGAAGUUUUGGACAUCCGAAGACCUUGGCCGCGAAGAUGGUUUGAAAGUCGAGCCCACUAGAGAUGUUGUCGACUGUGAUCUCUAUCUCUACAACGGGAAGGUCCACGUCGCUACCGAGCGAGGACUUCUUCUAGCAGCAGUGUACCUCAAGCUCAUCGGAGUCCCGGACACGCAGCCAGUACGUUUCCAUGGGAACAAACCCGCUUGGAUGAGCCGAGUUACGCCUAAUCCGGAGCAUAGACGUGUCUUGGAGUCAUGGUAUCCUAGUGCAGCCUUAAAAGAAGGGGGCUGCAUCUCAAUCACGCACAGCUCUACCGUAGUAGUAUACGAGCACGGCGUUUUCGACAUCGACCACAACACUGGUGCGGAGUCCCGAAUGGCCUACGGUGCGCGAGAGGAUGAUGGCGUUGUUGGCUGGUUCGACUAUUCGAAAACAUGUCGUAUAGACUGGCUCGAAGAUCCAGAGAAGACAACUGCGGCCACACACGACCCUACCAUAAUUGACUGGUCGAAAUUCGACUAUGGUCCUCUCGCAGCUCGAUCUGCAGCUCAACAAGCGGCACAGCGUGAAUUGACGGCUGCAACGCAGGGAAUAGCAACAGUUUAUGCAUCCACAGCACCACUCCCGCCGAUUACAUCAGCAUUGGCAUCCCCGGCAAUCGGCGAGGCAACCGGAGCAUCUCCCGCAGAAAAAGCAGCGAUUCCUGGCAGCAAUGGCGAGCAUCACUUGACUGAACUUGGGUUUGCAGCGGAAAGGUCGAAACAGUCUGUGACACAUGCUGAGUCUCCAGGUUCCCGCGUAUCGCAAAAAGAGGGAGAUUCUCCAUCGUCGGCGACCAAGGAUGGACGUGUUUCGCGACAUGACAGUCCCAAUUCCCGAUCUAAACAGACAGCGAAUGAGGGUAGCAGCGAUAGUAUUGGCGACGAUGAAUCUCAAGGAACCAUCGAUGCCACAUUACCUAAACAAGUUACAGACGUCGGAUCUGUCGUGACACAAGAGACGGCAAUGCAUCAGUCCUUGAGUCCUCACCAGGUCUCACCAGGUUGUGACGGACCUGGAGGAUACCAAGUAUCUUCACAUGAGCCUGCAGUACCGGCUAACACAGCAGUGCGACCGUGCAAACCUAUGUCUACAGUAUCUCAACGCUACGAUGUUGAGGUAGAUUGGGACGAUACCGACAUCCACGAGGAUGAUGAAACUCAAAACCAACCACUAAAUGACAACAAAGAGGACGAAGAGCUUUGAGUUGGGACAAAAAUAUCCCAGACUUUACUGGAAUCGCACAGUCUACAGCAGCUCUCUCUACUCGUCUGCGCAGCAUGGAGCCAU